AUGCUCGGGUUCCGCACAGUAUGCAGACGCCGGCAACUGGCGUUUCUGAAGCAACUACAUUCUACUGCAGUGGUCGCUAAUCCUCAUUCUGGUUCGCCACCAAGUUCUCAGAAUAAAGCUACACCGUUGGAACCUACGGAUGCACCGAAAUGGACCCCAAAUUCAAUUCGGACAGGCCUCAUCGCUCGAAAGCGUGGAAUGACCGCUCUGUGGAACGACCAAGGGGUUAGAGUGCCUGUUACUGUCUUGCAACUCGAAAAUUGUCAAGUUACAGCGAACAUAAGGACUGUCAGAAAAGACCACACCGUGUACCAUGCAGUACAAGUUGCCGCUUCCGACCGUCCUGCAAAAAACACCUCACUACAAAUGUUGGGACAUUUCCGAAAAGCUAAGGUUCCUCCGAAGCAGAUUGUAAAAGAAUUCCCAGUCACGCCUGACGCCCUCGUACCAGUCGGGACGACUUUAUCUGCGAUACACUUUGUGCCAGGACAAUUCGUUGACGUGGUCGCGAACUCCAUCGGUAAAGGCUUUCAGGGUGGAAUGAAGAGAUGGGGCUUCCAUGGCCUUGCUGCCAGUCAUGGUGUAUCUAUAUCACAUCGUUCUUCCGGCUCGACUGGUCAACAUCAGGACCCUGGACGAGUAUUUCCCGGUAAAAAGAUGGCAGGUCGAAUGGGAAACAAGAGAAUUACAACGCAAAAUCUUCCGGUCGUUCGCAUUGAUACCUCUCUCAACCUCAUUUUCGUGAAAGGAACAGUUCCAGGAGUAGACGAUGCCCAGGUUCUCAUCCGGGACGCUAAGAAAAAGAUGGUCGCCUUGAGUAGCCACAACCAGGCGAAAGGCCUUUACGAGAAAGUCCUUCCUAAAGGUGUAGACGACUUACCCUUCCCUGCAGGAACAGUGGAACUCGCAAAGACGAUGCCCUCAAUUGUUGAGUCACCCUCCUAUCGUAGGAGUCCUUUCCUUCCCCUCGAAUAA